AGGAAUUCAGACGGCAUCAUCCUGCAGGGCCGGCUCACCUCCGUCCUAACUGUUGAUGUUUCACUGAGAAAACCCAAACAGCUACAGCAGCUGUACAGUCCCACUAUCCUUGUUUAACCCAGUGCCAGCAGGCCUUAGUGUAGGAACCAUUCAUGUUAAGGUAAAAUAUUUAAUAUGGCAGCCGGCCGUGAAAGGGAGGGGAGGUGACAGACCUACCGGUAUUUUCUAUAUAAAGACUUGAGCAUUCAGGAGUCGGAUGCUAACGAUUCUGGCAUCACUUCAAAGCUCCUAAUGAAAAGCACAUGACAUAAAGUCCUAACAAUGCCUUUUCACAUGUAGACGUACAGAUGGUGUGAUCACUGAGGGAGUCAACAGCUCUUAACUGAAACUGAACCUCUCACCCUAACAGCAGUGGUUUUCCAUCGGUGGGGGUGUUCUGGGGGCAGGUUUUUUUUUUUUUAUUUCUGGUGAGAGAGGGUGAUGCUGUUCUGCGUUCACUGGGAAUGAAUUGACUGAGGAUCCAACUCUCAGCCUUCCAGCUGGACCCUGCUGCUGCUCUGCUCACUGAGUGGGGUUUAAACCAGGACACAAACACACCUGACGGCUGAGCUCUCCCUGGUUGCAGUUUCACGGACCAGUCGUCUAAUAAAACCAUGAGGAUCUUCCUCCUGCUUUGCCUGCUGGCGCUAGGCAAUGCCAAACCCUACGAGCCAAUCAAUGUCAUGGAUUUCAUGAAAAACUAUGACAUCAUGAUGGCCGAUUCAAGCGAUGAAGACGAUGACGAUGACAAGGAUGAUGACGAUUAUGAUGCAGAUGGGAACUGUCCGGCUGGUUGCCAUUGCUCACCCAGAGUGGUGCAGUGCUCCGACAUGGGUCAGAUCGCUGUUCCUGAGAAGAUUCCUGAAGACACUGUGAUACUAGACCUCCAAAACAAUGAUAUCACUGAGAUCAAGGAGAACGACUUUAAAGGCCUCCACAAGCUUUAUGGCCUCUUUCUGAUCAAUAACAAGAUCUCCAAGAUUCACCCCAAGGCCUUCAGAAACAUGGACCAUCUCAGACUGCUGUACCUCUCCUACAACAUGCUGACUGAGAUCCCCGCAAACCUGCCUCCCAACGUCAUCGAGCUCCGCUUCCAUGAAAACGAGAUCAACAGAAUCCAGAAGGAUGCAUUUAAAGGCCUGAGGAAACUCCAUGUGCUGGAGCUGGGCGCCAACCCUCUGGCCAACAGUGGGAUUGGGCUGGGAGCUUUUAACGGCUUGUCGACCCUGUACAUCGGUAUAGCAGAGGCCAAACUAACUGCUGUACCAAAAGACCUCCCGUCCUCCAUCACGGACCUGAACCUGGACUACAACAAGAUCGCUAAGGUGGAAAUAGAAGACUUCAUCAGAUAUAAAAACCUGCAGAGGCUAGGACUCGGUUUUAACCAGAUCAAGUAUGUAGAAAAUGGCAGCUUUGCCAACAUCCCGAGCAUCCGUCAGAUCAACCUGGACAACAACCGUCUGAAAAAGGUCCCACCGAGCCUCAGCUCUCUGCGCUACCUCCAGGUGAUUUACCUCCAUGGCAACAAAAUCAGCAACGUGGGAGUCAACGACUUCUGUCCCAUCAGGCCCAGUGACAAGAAGAACCUGUACACAGGCAUCAGUCUGUUUGCCAAUCCUGUUAAAUACUGGGACAUCCAGCCGGCCACCUUUCGCUGUGUGACCGGACGGAGGGGCGUUCAGCUUGGAAACUUCAGAAAGUAGGGAGUGUAAACGUUGCGUUCAAGACAGCUCAGAAAUGGAGAACUGCCAUUGUCCUUGCUACAGUAUAAGGAAGGAGCUGAAAAUAAUUUUGAUAGAUAAAACAAGAUGAAACUGGAUUCCUAAAGUGUUCAGGAAAUGAGAGAAAAUGUCAUUAUAUUGAUGUAUAUUAGAAAGUGUAGUACAUGUUGUUGAAUGUUGGUACAAUUUACACAUAAAAGUACUUGGCUAGGGAAAAAACAAACAAACAAAAAAAUAAGAUGUCGGUGCUGAAAAGACAGUGUAUAGGGGGAGGAGGACAUAAUAAUAUAAUAAUAAUAAUGGAAUUCAACACAAGCGCCCUGCCUGCCUUUGUGAGUUAUUCUGUGAGGUGAUCUGUAGUUUUAGUCCCUCAACUUUUGCAGUGUAAACUUUCCCAGAAAUAAAGCGCCUCCCUCUGGUCACUUUUAGAGCAAAACCACCCAAUGACCUGAUUUGAGUAGUACUACAUGCUGAUGCAUUUACAACAAAAUAUCCUUUUAGUUUCUUUCUUUCUAGUCUAAAAAUAAGACAUAUUUUAAUGAGACAUGGAGUAGAAAUAUUUCCAAGUUUAAGUUGUCUUCUAAACAACAACGAACAAAAUACUUUCCCCUCAUUUGCUAUUUCUUUAUAUAUUAUAUUUAUGCCCUUUUUAAGUUGAGACAUGGUAAUCAUCAUUGAAGAGUCACUAUAUGGCCAGAGCUGUAACAUAACGAGAGCCUAAAAACCACUCAAACAUAUUUUCUGUCUGUACAGUCAAUGAAUGACCCUGGCAUUAUUUAGUGCAAUAAGUAAAUUUGAAGCCCCAUGUCUGUCUUUAUGUGGAUGUUUUAUAUUAUCUCACUGCAUGUCUGUAUUGUCUUUAUUUAGAAGCUGGAAGCUACACGUCAGACUGGAUUAUACAUUGUCCUUGAUUUAAACCCAAAACGUCACUUUGUUUUAAUGAACUAUAGCAACCAAGUGAACCGUUAUUAUGAGAUCAUAAGAAGGUAAUGUAAUUCCCAAGCUGGAAACAUGUUCCUGUUUCCUCCAGCGCUCUCUCCUCUGAAAUGGUGCUAUAUUUAUUUAGUAUGUCUUUAAAUAAACCUGAAACACCUCCCCAUUUAUGUUGUUAAGAUUUGUCAAAAUGAAAGUGGGUUUGAGUUGAAAAGUUAACAUUUGAUUUUGUUGUUCGAGCUAUUAUUGUCAUAUCCUCUUGUCCUACAAGACAAACAUGUGAUUUAAAGCUAUAUGAAUGAAUCUGAAUUAAUAAAUCAGACAAAGCUUGAA